AUUACACUGGUCAACUUAGUGAUCAGUAUUCCUAAAUAGGUUAAACGAUUUUGUAUACAUAUAUUUCAUAUUUUCCUUUCUAAGAACCAAGAUAAUCGUCUUCGUCUCUCCCACAGCCCAAAUUUCCCUCUUCUUCCUUCAAAUCAAAAUCUCAACGAUUUGAAUUAGCAGUUUACAAAGAUACCCUAUUAACCGUUACGGAUUCCGCCGUGAUUUUGCCAAUUUAUGUCACUAGCGGUUAGCGAACACAGAGAAAACCACCGUGUUCGACUUGACCGCCAUAAUCACGCUCCACGAAAUUGUUACGUCAUUUCCCGACCUAUUGUUUCUCUAGCGCACUUUCGACUUCUGUGACUGUGGCGUCAUCCUCCGGCCGUAGUUUUCUGCAGUUCACUUCCACCUUCUGAACUCCGGCGAUCAGGACUGUUGUUUCUGAAAUUGUGGGAUGAUAUUGGAGAGAAUGAGGUUGAAAGGGACAAGAUGCUUUAUCAACUUGAGCAGGAGUGUUUGAACGCCUAUAGAAGAAAAGUUGACCAGGCAAGUCGCAACUGUGCUCAGCUACGGCAAGCAGUUGCCGAAUCUGAAGCAGAACUUGCACGAAUAUGUGCAGCGCUAGGGGAGCAGCCAGUCAAUACCAGAGCGAAAUCAAGCAGCUUGAAGAUGGAGCUUGAGGCCAUUAUGCCUCAGCUGCAAGAGAUGAAGCAAAGGAAAUUGGAAAGGGAGCGUGAGUUCAAAAAUAUUAUCAAUCAAAUAGACAUCAUCUUGAAGGAGCUUGGUCAGUCAAGACAGGAAUUUCCAAAAAUGAUUGGUAUGGAUGAAAGCGAUAUGUCCUUGCGGAGACUUGAAGAGAUGAAGGGUCACUUGCUUUCACUUCAAGCAGCAAAGAAUGAUCGCUUGGAGCAAGUACUUGACCUCUUGGAAUCUCUCAAAUCACUAUGUGUUGUGCUUGGUAUUGAUUUUAGAAAUACUGCUGUGGAGAUCCAUCCUACUUUGGAUGGCUCAUCUGCCUUGAAAAGUGUAAGUACAGAGACAAUUGAUAGGUUAUCUGCUGUUAUAAGCAAACUGCGAGAGGUGAAAGUGCAACGGCUGAAUAUGAUUCAAGAUUUCGCAACCACAAUGGUAGAGCUGUGGAAUUUGAUGGACACACCAGUGGAGGAACAACAGCCAUUUCACAGUGUCACGCGGACUAUAGCUGCUUCAGAAAGUGAAUUAACUGAGCCAAACGCUCUCUCUUUACAAUUUCUCAAGUCUGCAGAACUUGAGGUGGCAAGGCUGAAAGAAAUGAAGUCAAGCAAAUUGAAGGAAGUUCUCUUGAAAAAGAGGUCUGCAUUGGAGGAAUUGUGCAGAAAAGCCCACAUAGUUCUUGAUGCUGAUCAUUCAACUCAGUUCUCACUUGAAACUAUAGAAUCUGGGACAAUUGAUCCUUCACUCCUACUUGAACAAAUAGAGAUCCAGAUUUCCAAGCUAAAAGAAGAAGCUUUUAGCAGGAGAGAGAUACUUGAGAAGGUCGAAAAGUGGUUAGCUGCAUGUGAAGAGGAAUCAUGGUUGGAGGAGUACAACAGGGAUAACAAUCGGUACAAUAGUGGAAGAGGCACACAUCUCGUUCUGAAGCGGGCUGAGAAAGCCCGAGCGCUUGUCAACAAAAUUCCUGGAAUGUUGGAAGCAUUGGCUUCAAAAGCUAAAAGCUGGGAGAGAGAAAGAGGAAAUGCAUUCUUGUAUGACGGAGUUAGCCUUCUGUCUAUGCUGGAACAAUAUGGUCUUGUAAAGGAAGAGAAAGAGUUAGAACGUCAAAGGCAGAGGGAUCAGAAGAAACUUCAGGGGCAACUGAUUGCAGAGCAGGAAGCACUGUUUGGGGCAAAGCGUAGUCCAUCACAGAGUGCGAAAAAGAAUUUAGUUGGGGGUGGGAGCAAUAAUAAGAGAUACUCAAUGGGAGGGGUGAUGCUCCAAACACCAUAUGCUGAGAGGGCAGCACAGUCUUCUCACACCCUGAAGAAAAAGAACCCUUUGAAGCCGCAAGCUCUACCCAACGUUACACAAAACUAUGUCGCCCUCUCCUCUGGCAAGAGAGAGAGUUCAAUACAUGCAAGACAGCAGCAAUCUUGCUACAAAACGAAUCCACAGAGGAAACCACUUUCACCUAUAUCUUCACUCUCAUUCAACACCAACUCUCCCAAUGUAAUAGUGGCAAAAACUGGUGAGGAGCUCCAAGAAACGCCACCGGCUUCAUUGAUGACCACUCCAGUAAAAAAUGUUAUUGGAUGGGGGAACACAACCCCGAAGAAGAUGAUUCCGAUCCCGACCCCGUCCACGCCUGCUUCAGCAGCAUCUACUGCCAUGCAGACCGCCAUCACUCCGGCUGCUGCUACUCCGUUUGCUGAUGAUGACUGUGUUGACUAUUCUUAUGAGGAGAAGAGAGCCCGUUUCCUUCUCCCUGAGUUGCAAAUUCAUUAGCGUUUGCUUUUACCCUUUGUCAUCAUUGUAGAGUCUGUCAUCAUUAGCGUUUGCUUUUACCCUUUGUCAUCAUUGUAGAGUCUGUCUACUUUAACACUUUGAGAUUGGUUUUCCACUGCUAAAUCUAACUCUCCCGCGCAGGGCCGUCUCUAGAACUUUUUGGGCCCUAGGCAUAAACUAAAAUAUAUCUUCAUAUUAGUGAAAAUUGUUGGACAUAAGAUACUCCCUCCGUCCCAUUUAUAUUGUCUCGUUUUACCUUUUCGGGAAGUCCCACUUAAAUUGUCACAUACCAUAUUUGACAAAGUUUGUGUGACUUUAAAUCAUUCUUAAUUUAUUCUUACUUUAUCAAUUAAUAUCAAUCACACAAGCUCACUUUUCUUAAUAAUCGUGUCACCCUCUUCCGGGACAAUAUAAAUGGGAUGGAGGUAAUAUCAUUUAGAGAGUAAUUGCUUAAAAUUUUACAUUAAAAAUUAGAUUUAUAAUUUUUGAAUUUAAUAUUUCAAAUCUAAUUCAUUCAAUAUAAAGUUGAAUUAAUAUAAAACGCUAUGUUUUGCUAAAGGAUACUUACCAUGAAAUUGAAUUAAAGUAAAUUUAUUACUCCCUAUCACACUCGAGAUAUCUCUAACUUCAGUAUUGAGGGUCUUUCGUUUUCGAAACUGAAAAAAAACUUUUGGAAAACAUGGUAAAUUCAACAAAUGACCUAUAAUCUUCAAUCUUUGUAAUAACAGUUAGCCUGAUUCCCGAUUGAUAUUGUGAAGAUUGUCAUUUUUUACUUAGAUUUUGGAAUUGUGCGAGGCUUAGAACCCAUUUGGCAUUACCAAAAUCGGUUGAAUCAGCUGAUUCUGCUGAAAUGUAUGAAAGUCUGGCUGAAUUGGGUGAUUCUGCUGAUACAUUAAAAAAUUAUAUUUCAAAAAUAUGUGUAAAAAUAACCAAAACAGUUCUCUACAGUAUCUUCAGCCAAUACAGCCAGAAAAGUAACUCGGGAUUUACUUUUUCCUAUUAUUUCGCAAUUCAGCGCGCCAAAUCAAAAAUUAUGUGUUUGGUGGAAAAGUGGGCUGAUAAGCUGAAAAAUUUUCUGAUAAUGGUCACUUAGAGUCCUAACUAAUACUAUUUCA